GAGUCAGGAUCUUCUUGCUUGCCAUUAUAUAUGCCCUGAUGGGUUGUCCCCUUUCAUAUGUACUGUGGUACAGGCCUUUGUAUCGUGCAAUGAGGACUGAUAGUGCACUGAAGUUUGGCUGGUUUUUCUUGUUUUAUUUGCUACACAUUGGUUUUUGCAUUCUUGCUGCAAUUGCCCCUCCAAUCGUCUUCCAUGGGAGAUCAUUAAC